AUGGGUUGUAUACAGAGUGUUACUUGGUGUCCGAAAACGACGUUGAAAAUUAUGACCAUUUUUUUGGUAACGAAUCUCUUGAAGGCCGACAAGGAAAAUGUAGUUUUUGGUGUAGGUCUAGUAAGAUUUGCCAACGCACCCUGUACUAGUUCAAGUAAUUUAAUAGGAACCUGCUAUAGACGAAGGCAAUGCAAUGACAUCAACGGGGGAGCAUCUGGAAUAUGCGCAAAUGGAAUUGGAGUUUGCUGUGUCUUCGUAAGAACCUGCGGCGGAAGUUCACCUUACAAUAGUACAUAUUUUACGAAUGCGGAUUAUCCCAGUGCAGUUACAACAAGUACCAGCUGUGUUAUGAUUAUACAGAGAGCAACUAGUAACACUUGUCAGGUCAGAAUAGACUUUCUGAGCUUUAUUCUGGCCCAGCCAAAUGCAACGGGAAUCUGCAAUACCGACGCGCUGAUAAUAACAGGUGGCGCUGGAUCACUGCCCAUUAUAUGCGGUGAUAACACUGGCCAACACAUUUACGUAGAUUUUAAUGGAAACAACAACAUUAUCAUGACCAUUACAACAACAGCCGGAGAUGUUGGCAGAAUAUGGAACUUUUUGGUUACUCAAAUCGCUUGUGAUUGUCCCACUAGAGCUCCAUCCGGAUGUUUACAAUUUUAUAACACAACCACUGGUACCAUAACAAGUUUAAACUAUGGUGUUGGAAGUAACAUUAUAGAUAAUACAACGGGGUUACCUGGCACCAGACAACUGGUAAAUCAAAAUUACGGAGCCUGCGUUAAUAUGCUGCCAGGAUUUUGUUCGAUCCAAUGGUCUUCAAACGGAUUUAUGGUAAGCGGUAUUCCAAAUCUAGGAUUUGACGCUUUAACAAAUGGCGAUUGUACUACAGAUUUCGUGGUUAUAGCAAAUCCGUCAUAUGUCGGUGGAACUCCAGUUAAUUCAGAUCGUUUUUGUGGAACAUCCUUUAAUACAGUCACCACUGCAUCAAAACCGUUUGUUUUGUACGUGAUUACAAAUGGAGAUGAACAAAAUGAUGUCGCUAACACUGGAUUUUCGUUAAGCUUCACUCAACAAGCAUGUUCUAAUAAUCUAUUUGGAUGAAAUAUACAUUGUAAUAUAAAAAUUAAAAUAAAG